AUGGAACUGCCAUACGCGAGUCCAAAACUAUAUUGGUCAUUUCUGCUCCAUGCCACGCUCAUCUUGUGUCUGAUCCUACUGUCCAGAUCUGCCACCGUCUCUAGCAACGAAACCGAUCGACUUGCUCUGCUCGCCUUCAAGGACCGAAUAACGGAAGAUCCUCUCAACGCCAUGAGCUCGUGGAACGAUUCUCUCCAUUUCUGCGAGUGGCGCGGAAUCACGUGCAGUCUCAGGCAUGAGAGGGUCACCGUCCUCAACCUAACGUCUCUCAAAUUGGAAGGUUCCAUUCAUCCCCAAGUAGGAAAUCUCACCUUCCUCAACGCAAUCCACCUCGGAGACAACAGCUUCCGCGGAGAAAUCCCACAAGAAAUAGGAAACCUCUUCCGCCUCCAGCUUCUCAAUCUCAGUUACAAUUCAUUUGGAGGAGAAAUCCCAUCUAAUCUGACCUACUGCUCGAACCUUCAAGUCAUCGAUUUUUCUUUCAAUGAGAUCAUAGGUGAGAUUCCCAUUGAGCUCAGCUCUUUAUCAAAGCUCCGUUGGUUAUUUCUCUAUGUCAACCAGCUCGUCGGAAGAAUCCCACCUUCCCUGGGAAACCUUUCGUCUCUCACUCAACUUUCAUUAUCAAGAAAUAACUUACAGGGAAACAUCCCAGGCGAUUUAGGCCGCAUUCCAAAGUUAGGACUCCUCCAGAUAUCUCAAAACCAUCUGUCCGGCACAAUCCCUUCAGCUAUUUACAAUCUCUCUGCUCUAUUUAUGUUGUCGGUCACUGAAAAUCAACUUCAUGGAAUCCUUCCACCAGACUUAGGCUUACGUCUUCCUAAUCUCGAGGGUUUUUAUGUGUCGAGAAACUGGUUUACCGGACCCAUUCCUGUUUCACUAGCCAAUGCUUCAUUCUUUCAAGAGCUCUAUCUCCCUGACAACGAUUUCACUGGAGGUGUGCCUAUGAAUCUUGGCACUCUUCAAUAUCUUAAUAUAUUUGUCAUCGGCGGUAAUCAGCUCGGAACAGGGAAAGAAGAUGACUUGAAUUUCAUCAAUUCCCUCUCCAACUGCAGCUACUUGGAAAAUUUUGAACUUGGUAACAACAGUUUCAAUGGUAUGCUUCCCAAUUCCAUAGCCAAUCUAUCGACCCGACUCAAUCGGCUGGUGAUAGGAUUCAACCACUUGUAUGGAAGCAUCCCUGAAGGAAUCGGGAAUCUCGUCAACUUGACCCAAUUGACUAUGGAUCAUAACAAUUUCACAGGUACCAUUCCUGUUAGUAUGGGAAGACUUCAUAGACUGCAAAUGUUAGACUUGUCAAGUAACAGAUUUUCUGGGCAAAUUCCGACAUCCAUCGGCAAUUUCACUGAACUGAAUGAACUUUACUUGCAAGAAAACAGCCUAUUGGGAAACAUACCUCCGAGUCUUGGAAAUUGCCAAAAACUAAUAGCUUUGAACCUUUCUCAAAAUAACCUUAAUGGUACAAUCCCCAAACAGCUCCUUAGCCUGUCGUCUCUGUCAAUUUCUCUCAACUUAGCUAGAAACUUUUUGAUCGGGCCCCUACCCAUGGAAGUGGGUGGCUUGAUAAAUAUUGAGGAACUUGAUGUUUCUGAGAACAAAUUGUCUGGCGAAAUUCCUGGAACGCUAAGCAGUUGCCAGAGCUUGGAAUUUUUGUACAUGGAAGGUAACGCCUUUCAGGGAACCAUUCCCCAGUCUUUGAGCACCUUGAGAGGCAUUCAAGAGUUGGAUUUCUCACGAAAUAACUUGAGUGGGCGAAUUCCAGAAUAUUUAGAGAGUUUUACUUCAUUACAGAAACUAAAUCUUUCUUUUAAUGAUUUGGAGGGUCAAGUGCCUAUACAAGGGGUGUUUGAAAAUGCUAGUGGGAUUUCUGUCAUUGGAAACAGUAAACUCUGUGGAGGUAUACCAAAACUAGGCCUACCCAAAUGCCUUGUUCUGAGAUCCAAAUCGCGAAGGUCUUUAAGCCUGAAAGUAAUCAUACCAGUCAUUGUUGUUGUUGUGUGUUUGAUUUCAUUAUUGUUGUGUUCCGCUCCUCUUCUUUGGAGAAGAAAAUCAAGACAGAAGCAUUUGCAAACUUCCUCAGAAGACCAGUACAAGAACGUCUCAUAUGCGGAGCUUCUCAAAGCAACUGAUGGGUUCUCUUCAUACAAUUUGAUUGGCGUAGGAAGUUAUGGUUCUGUUUAUAAAGGAUACUUUGUUUCAGAUUGCCAAAUUGUUGCAGUGAAAGUACUCAAUCUUCAACGACAAGGAGCUUCAAGGAGCUUCCUUGCAGAAUGCGAGGCAUUGAGAAAUGUCAGGCAUCGGAAUCUCGUCAAGAUCUUAGCAUCAUGCUCAAGCAUCGAUUUUAAGGGCAAUGAUUUCAAAGCUCUAGUUUUCGAGUACAUGCUGAAUGGAAGUUUAGAGGAGUGGUUGCAUCCAAAAGUCGACGAAAAACAUCAACCAAGGACUUUGAACCUUAUUCAGAGGUUAAACAUAGCCAUUGAUGUGGCUUAUGCUCUGGAUUAUCUUCAUCACCAUUUCCAAACUCCCAUUUCUCACUGCGAUCUCAAGCCAAGUAACGUUCUUCUUGACAAUGACAUGGUGGCCCAUGUGAGUGAUUUUGGCAUCGCAAGGUUCCUUUCUAUGGCAAUCGAUGAUCAGUACUCCACAAAUAAAACUAACUCCAUUGCGGUGAAGGGAUCCAUUGGGUAUGUUGCUCCAGAGUAUGGUAUGGGUGGUAAUGUUUCUACAUCGGGUGAUGUGUACAGCUAUGGAAUCCUUUUAUUGGAGCUGUUCACGGGAAAAAGGCCCACAGAAGACAUGUUUAAGGAUGGUUUAAGCCUUCAUGAAUUUGUCAAGAUGGCUUUGCCAGAUCAAGUGCUGGAAAUUGGGGACCCGCAGCUCUUAGAGGAACAAAAGGAAGAACAAGAGCAAGAUCAAGAAAUAGAGGAAGAAAUAGCUUUCAAUCAUAUCAGAAGUCGCGAAGUCAAGAGAGAGUAUGGUAUGGGUGGCAAUGUUUCUAUGUUGGGAGAUAGUUAUGGAAUCCUUUUAUUGGAGAUGUUCACAAGAAAAAGGCGCAUGGAAGACAUGUUUAAGGACGGUUUAAGCCUUCAUGAAUUUGUCAAGAUGGCUUUGUCGGAUCAAGCCAACUCUAUCAAGGAAGAGGAGACCAGAGAUGGGAGAGGGAAGGUCGGCUGUAGAGUUGAAGAGACACUAUUCGGUUGGCCAGCGCUGCCCCUACGGGCAAGUGCAUCAGCAACACUGUUUGCCUCCCUAGGCGUAUGGGAAAGAACAAUCUCUAUGAUUUGCAUGAGCGAUCUGAUUUUUGUCCACCAGUACCAUAAGGCCCCCAGAGGAGAUGAAGCAUGGAGCAGGGAUGUAACUGAAGAGUUAGAGUCGCUUGCCACCUCCACCUUGGAAAGACUCCAGUUGGCGCAAUGGGAAAGACUCUCCCAAAUCACCCUGAUUUCAGCCAGCGAAUUAGAUCUGAAGCCAUAUUCGGACGAGAAUGCAAAGAGGAGGUUUCUCGAGCUGUCUCUCCUCACUCCUCCACCACCCGAGGGGCCUGGAUUACCCAGGGACGAGCCAUCAACAUUAAUUUUGAUCCAGCCUCUCGAUGCUUGUCCCUGGCUUUGUGAUGCACUUUGCAAAGCAUUUCUUCCUUACUGUCUCGAGGAAUUCCUCAGCAUAAGCUUGAGCAAGCUGGUUCUUGACCUAUCUAUUAGAGCUUCGGUGGAUGGAGGGGAUGACGAGGACCCACCACCGCUCGACGGAUAUGAUGAAGAGAAGGGGUCCAUUUUCUUUUACUUGGACGGAGGAGGAGGGAAUGAUAUCCACAAAGUCGUUGUGGAGUUCUUCAAAGGGGCAGUAUUCUCAGGGCCUUCACAUCCACACUCGUCUGUUGAGUGCCUAAAGCGGCGGGUCCCAAAUCGAUCCUUUGCUGAUUUUCGACCAAUUAGUCUCUGCAACUACUUAUACAAAAUAUUCACCAAGAUUAUUGUCAACAGGCUUGGCCCUCUUCUCCCGAAGUUGAUUUCUCUGGAGCAAGGGGCCUUUAUUAUCGAAAACAUCGUCCUCAGUCAAGAAAUAUUCGGAGAUAUAGAUAGAAAGCCGAAGUUUUUAGCAGGGGGGUUCUCUAGGCUAGUAGUUAGCAGGUUGUGUAAGCCGUUUAAACUCAAGCAAGGCUAUAUUCAAAUCUCCCACCUGCUUUAUGCAAAUGACAUGGUUCUAUUCCUCAACGGCUCCUACAAAUCGUUGGAUGUGGUGCGUGCGUUCAUCACAAAUUAUCAGUCGGUCUCUGGGCAGAAAGUGAACAUAAGGAAGAGUUCGUUCCACUGUUCUGCAAAGCUGCCCGUCGGCAGGAUUAGAAACAUUGAAAGAACACUAGGCUUCACCAAAUUUGUUGGUGGCUUCUCAUACCUGGGGGUCCCUAUUUUGAAAGGGAGAGUUAAGAGCAGUGUAUUUAGCCCGUAA